UUGGAUUUGUCUAAUUACUACCUUGGAUAUUGCAUAGACAAAUGUUUCAAAAUAUUUUUUCUAUUAAAAAUUAUUGCUCUAUAAGUUUUUUCAUUAAUUAAUAUGGAAUCUAGACGACGUAGUCCAUUGACUGUACAAGAAGAAAUUUUAUUAGAAACAAAUUUUGAUGAUGAGUCAGGCUCACCCCGGACUCGUGAAAAUAAAGUGUAUAGAUUAAGAAAUAGUGAUCUUUCCUUGGAUAGAUAUUCAGACGGCUCUCUAAGGAGAGGUCAGUUAGGAGGCAGGAAAAAUCCUGGUUCCUGUUGCCAAGCAUGUCUUACCAGAAUCCCAUAUGCUACUCUGAUAGCCACAGUAAUGUGCCUUUUAGGUGUGGGAGUCUUUUGUGGCACAAUGUAUCGUGGGGCGACUUUAGCAGUAUUAAUGGCUGAUCAAGUAUUUCAUCAAAGACUUAUGUGGCUGGAAGCAGUACAGAUGGUAUUCGUAGUAUUAGGUGCUUCUAUGGCAGCUUUAGGUUUUAUUAUAUUAUUUGUUGGAUUUUUGGCAACGGGUGCUACAAGGCACAAAGUUUACAGAGCAUGGGGCUCAAGAGUUGGUGGCAGGAUAUCUUGUGCUGUGUUUAUGGGAGUAACCUAUAUAUUACAAUUAGCUUGGAUACUUAUGUUUGGUUUCCUAGUUAUAGUCACCUUUAUCUUCACUAUGUUCUGGCAUAUGUGUUAUAAUUAUUCAACACAAAUAAGAGAAUGCAUUGAUUUAACACAGUUUGAUUUUAUGUUCCCGAAUGGAACUAGGGUAGAGGAUAUGAAAGUAUGUGGUCCAACUGAAAUUAAAUUAUUUUGCAAAGAUUCUGUAGAGAAGGCAGAAAUGAUGUUUAUAUUAGCGACAGCAGCUUGUAUGCUUGUUAUUUUAAGCCUGAUACAUUAUUUAAUGUGCUUGUCUGCUAACUAUGCACAUAUUCGAGAUCAUGAAAAGUUUCAAGAACUCCAGGAAUUGCAUUGUUUAAAUGACCCAGAUUACUUGAGCACAGCUGCCUCCAAAGACAGAUUCUAGGAUACGUCAAGGGAGAUCUUUACCAGUCGCUUGUUUUGACUUGAUGUUAUCAACCUAAUUUGAUGUCCAUCAAAUAGCUGGAGUUGAUAAUACUGCAUGAAUUUUAUCAUUUUUGCUACAUAUGAAAAGACUGCAACUCUCAGCACUGUCAAUAGAAGUACGUUAUGAUAAGAAGUAUUCUAAUUAUUAGUAAGACAUAACAAUACCUGGAGUAUAUUUUUUUAUUUUUAUAUGUUUAUGACUUUAUUGAAGACAUAAAUUAGAG